AUGGCAAGAGAAAAUGAAACUGCAGGUUUUGAGUUCCUCCUCUGGGGCCUCUCAGAGCGGCCAGAGCAGCAGCGCAGCCUCUUUCUGCUCUUCCUGGGGAUGUAUGGGACCACGGUGGCUGGGAACCUGCUCAUUGUCCUGGCCAUUGCUGCAGAUGUGCACCUGCACACCCCCAUGUACUUCUUCCUUGCCAGCCUGUCCUGCGCCGACAUCCUGUUCACCUCCAGCACUGUGCCGAAGGCAUUGGCAAACAUGCAGACGCGGAGCAGGUCCAUCUCCUAUGCAGGCUGCCUGACUCAGCUCUACUUCUUCCUGACCUUUGGGGACAUGGACAUCUUUCUCCUGGCCACAAUGGCCUAUGACCGCUAUGUGGCCAUUUGCCUCCCCCUCCACUACACGAUGCUCAUGAGCCUCCGGCGCUGCAGCUUUAUGGUGGCUGCCUGCUGGACCGUUACCAAUCUUGUUGCCAUGACCCACACCUUCCUCAUGUUCCGGCUCUCCUUCUGUCCCAAGAAGAUCAUUCCUGACUUCUUCUGUGACCUGGGACCUCUGAUGAAGGUCUCUUGCUCUGCGACCCGGGUCAACGAGCUUGUGCUUCUGUUCUUGGGGGGCGCAGUCAUUUUAGUCCCAUUGUUGCUCAUCCUGGUUUCUUACAUCCGCAUUGCAUUAGCUAUCCUCAGAGUCCCCUCCGUCCAGGGAAGGCGCAAGGUCAUCUCUACCUGUGGUUCCCACCUUGUUGUAGUUGCCCUGUGCUUUGGGACAGUGAUCAGGGCUUACCUGUGUCCCUCAUCCUCCUCUUCCAAUGCAGUGGCAGAAGACAUGGCAGCUGCUGUCAUGUACACUGUGGUGACUCCCCUGCUGAACCCCUUUAUCUACAGCCUCCGGAACAAGGACAUGAAGGGGGCGCUGGCCAGGCUUUUCCGUGGCAAAAUCUUCUUGAAGGGCUACUGA